GCGCGGCCCCUGCUUGGUCGGGUCCUUUGUCCCGGCAGCAGCCAGGCUGCGACCGCCACGCGGGCUGCCAGCAAUUCACUUCCCAUUCGAUUUGUAUUGCUGCACUGCACACUCUUGUUUUCGUGCAAGAUGAAAAGAGACAACCACGAAUGUGAGCCACUCGAUGAUUUAGCAAAUGCUUCUGAUUUCCCCAAUUAUGCAGCUGCUUUUGGAAAUUGCACUGACGAAAAAAUCCCACUCAAGAUGCACUACCUGCCUGUUAUUUACAGCAUCAUCUUCCUUGUGGGCUUCCCAGGGAACGCAGUAGCAAUUUCCACCUACAUUUUCAAAAUGAGGCCCUGGAAGAGCAGCACUGUCAUCAUGCUGAACCUGGCCUGCACAGACCUGCUGUACCUAACCAGCUUCCCUUUCCUGAUUCACUACUAUGCCAGUGGCGAAAACUGGAUCUUUGGUGAUUUCAUGUGCAAGUUCAUCCGCUUCAGCUUCCAUUUCAACCUGUACAGCAGUAUCCUCUUCCUCACCUGUUUCAGCAUCUUCCGCUAUGUUGUCAUUAUUCACCCGAUGAGCUGCUUUUCCAUCCACAAAACUCGAUGGGCAGUGGUGGCCUGUGCUGUGGUGUGGAUCAUUUCACUGGCAGCCGUCAUUCCCACCACCUUCCUGAUCACAUCAACCACCAGGACCAAUAGAUCAGCCUGUCUUGACCUCCCCAGUUCGGAUGAUGUCACUACUAUCAAAUGGUAUAAUCUAAUUCUGACUGCAACCACUUUCUGCCUUCCCUUGGUGAUAGUGACACUUUGCUAUACAACGAUCAUCUACACCUUAACCCAAGGACCUCGGACCCACAGCUGCUUUAAGCAGAAAGCUCGAAGGUUAACCAUUCUGUUACUGCUCAUGUUUUAUAUAUGUUUUUUACCCUUCCAUAUCUUGAGGGUCAUUCGGAUUGAAUCUCGCUUGCUUUCUAUCAGCUGCUCCAUUGAGAAUCAGAUCCAUGAAGCUUACAUCGUUUCUAAACCUCUAGCUGCCCUCAACACCUUUGGAAACUUGUGUCUGUAUGUGGUGGUCAGUGACAACUUUCAACAGGCCAUCUGCUCAAUAAUGAGAUGCAAAGCAUGUGGGGACCUCGAGCAAGAAAAGAAAAUCAGUUACUCAACCAACCCUUGAAAUACUUCAUUUACUUAAACAAAAAUAAAAGCCUGUGGAUUCUUUACCUAUAACUUCUAAGAAGUCCAGAAUAUCUCCCUCCAUGGAACUCCCUGUAAAUACUGUGUAUUCAGGUAACUGUCUGCAAGCCAAGGCAGGGCUACUAGGAGCUCUUUGCAAUCUGUGUGUGGACAGCCUCCCUUGGGUAGAUAUAAGAAUGAAUGCAUGCAUAUCAAUAAGGUAUCCAAUCAUAGAAUUACAAACUAUUGGAACACGGGCAUCUCAGAGAACAUCUACUUCCACCAACCUAUAUGUGUAUAUAUAUGGAAACUGGAGCUCACACACUUGCCCUUGAUCUCUCAGCAAUUUAGUGCCAAGACAGGAAAAAACUAGUGUCAUAGUUUCAUGCUCCUCCAUACUCCGGGGCCUAUUUGUAUUGAACCACUAAACUAUUCAAAGCAUUACUUGUAUUUUUCUAAUUAUUUAAUUUUUACAUUUCAUAUCUUUACAGAUUUUUUUUUU